AAAAAUGAGUGCAGAUUUGAAUAAAUUGGAAGGUCUUGUUGGUCGUUUAGAAAUGGCUGUUCAACGUCAAGAAGCUUUGUAUAAUAAGCCAGGAUUGUCUCCAAAGCCAACUUCUAUCCCUCCUCCUGCUGGUGGAAAUGGUUCUGUUCCUCCUUCGAUUAAAGCUUAUGAUGAUUUAGUAAAUAAUGCUUUAAAAGCUUUUGUGGCUGUUUCUAAGAAAAUUGGUGGACCUAUUGGGCAAAUGGCAGAUAAAGUCUCCGUUGCUUUCGAUUCUCAACGCCGUGCAAUUUGGGAAGGUAUUGGCCGUCCAGAGCCGAAUGAUAACCAAAAACAGCAAUUACUUCAACCAGUUGUUGAACAAGUUGGAAUUGUUUGUGCAUUUAAAGAACAAAAUAAAACAAAUAAAUCUGUAUUCAAUCAUUUGGCUGCUGUCUCUGAAGGUCUUUCGGCACUUGGAUGGUUGGGAGUUGUUAAGUUUUUAUUUUUUGUUUUACUUGCAAUUUUAAAUGAAAAUUAA